UAUAUAGCCUCACUGCCAGUCGGUUGAUUCCGUCUCCUCUCCUGCUCCUCAGACGUCCUCUUCAUCUCCUCAGCCUUCCUCCUCACCUGAGCAUCAUGUGUGCAGGACCUCUGGGCGCCGCCCUGCUGCUGACCCUGUGUGUGAAGCUUGCUGUGGGCACACCUGUCACCGAGGACGUGCUGCAGUUUGAGGCCGUGCUUGGUGCGGAUGGUGUUCUUCCGUGCACCGCCCGGUACGAGCCCGGUGUCCAGUACAGAGUCAGAUGGUACAAGGUCGGAGAGCCUCCGUCACCUCGUCUCAGCGGCCUUUUGACCCGAGACCUCCCCAACGGAACCACUCGAUGGUACAGAGGCGUGGAGCGAGAGGUGGCGCUGCUGGGCGAGUCCCACAGCAUCCUCCUGCCCAACGUGACGUGCGGGGACAGCGGCGUGUACAUGUGUCACCUGGCUGCACCUGUGGGAGAGCAGAACCGGGAGGGGAAGGUCCUCCUCACUCUGACAGAUUGUCCUGACAGUCCCACAGAAGACCUCAUGACAGAUUCCUACAUGGUCAUUGUCGCCAUAGCGGUGCUGAUGUUUGCACUUGUAAUAUUCCUGAUAUGCUAUGUUAGUUUGAAGAACAUUCUCAGAGAAAGAAACAGUAAGACAACGAUAAAAGAAACGUUUUUGGAUGCACCGCUCAAACCGCUUGGAAAAAAGGACUUAAUGUUGAUUUACACUUUGGGUCCCAAAGUGUCCAAAACUCCCACACUGAAGCACAUCUGUGUGUGAAGACAAAAAUGAUGCUGAAAAAUCCUUCUGCACUGGAAGACUGGCUACCUGAUGACCGGGAAUCCACAAUAAAGCUUCUGCACUUGUUCUCAGAUGGCACCACUUGUAAUUAAUUAAUCAGAAUGAAAAGGCUGAGUGAAAAUCUGCAUCACUGCAUGAGCAGGAGGACUGUCCCCUUCAACUCCCCUUCAAUGAGCAACAGAGGAGGGGAAGAAUCUUCAGGACCACUGUGAUAAAAAACAAGCCUGCAGACACUGAGUCAGGAAAAGUCAGGUUUAAACCCUUAAUCACAAUCACAGACUUCUGUGAAAUGAUGCCCCAAACCUUAAAAACGCAGCUGAGGACAAGGACCAACUCUUCAGGAGCUACAACUAAUGUGGACAGAGCGGGCUCUUCCUCCCCGGACAGUCAGGCAGCACAGAGAGCUGGACGUGGAGACAGAUGAGGAGACAGAUGUGGAGCUGGAGCUGGACGUGGAGCUGGACGUGGAGCUGGAGGGAGGGGCAGUGGGUACACACAGGUGGGCUGCUCCUCCUGUCCAUGUGUGGAUGUGCCUGCACAAGACACUGAACCCCAAAUCCCUCUCAAUAAUAAUAAUAAUAACAAUAAUAAUGAUAAUAACAAUCAUAGAAAAUAAGAAUAAACUUUAUUUGUAUGACAAGUUUCAUACAAGAAAUACAUCUUGACGGUGCUUUAAAACAAAGAAAUUACGAGCAUGAAGUGCUUCACAUUAAAGGACAUAGAAUGGACAGAAGAUGGAGAGAAAAAAACACAUUUGAUAAUUGAUAAUAAUUGUAGAUAUAAGAUAAAGAUGUAUUAAAACGAGGCUAUAGGCCAUUACGAACAGAAAAUAUGAUGGAAAGUAAAACAUACUCUAUAAUAAUAGUAAAAAUAAGAAUGAAAAUAGAAUAGAUUGAAUUCAUAACAUUAGAUAGAAAUAAAACCAAUGAAUAAUAGUAAUAAAAAUCAAAUUUUAAUGCUCAUGGAUUCAUCUUUUCAUUCGUAAAAGGCGGGAUGUGUUAGUUGUUCUGUAUUCAGCCUCCCGUGUUUUACUGAACUGUGAAGUCUGUAAACUGUUUCUUGAAUCUCAGUGAUCAACUUUUUUAAAGAGCAUGAAUCUGAGACAUAAAAUGAUAGAAGACAGUCUAGAAUAAUCCAGAUGAGCCCAGAUUAAAGAGCGCACGUGGGCCCCAUGGGACCUGAGCCUCGGUGGCCUUUCAGAACCAGAAGUGAAAGAGAAUGACAUUCAUACACCUCCACCAACUUUGCUUUGAGUCAGAGGAAAUCCCCACAGACAGUCAUCGCUGUCAGGGCUUUUUAUAAUGCAACACUUCUCCUUUUUCAACCUCGACCUUUCAGAAGCCACUGGCAUAUAAACUACGUGUUAUUUUAAAUUUCUUUGUGGAAAAUGAAAGUUAAAAACUCGAUGUUUUAUGUCUGUUUCUGUCGUUGUCACAGUCUGCUGUAGGCUGAUCUUCCACCGUUGUUGGCUUCAGUUUGUGGGUGGAUUUUUGUCUUUUAACAUGUGUUCAGCUUUAGACAGUAAAUAAUUUGGAUUAAAAGAGCUGUUUUCUAUUU